AUGGAAAACAAAUUACAAAAAGAAGAGGCGGAAACGGGGAAAACACCUGAAUGUAAACGUAAACCUGUUUCCACUGCAACAAUACCUGUAAACGCUGUUCUGGUGUUCUUAGCUGUUUCUAUAAUUUCCUCCGUAAUUAUAGACGUUUUACCAAUAAAACAUAGAUUUUGGAAUUGGGAACAGAAAAAUGUAACCACCAGAGCUAAAUUCUGUACGGAGGAUAAAACCUAUGCCAUAUAUGGCAAAAGCAAAAAUGAAGAUCAUUUAAUACAUGUUGUCAAUGUUUUGGAAAGAUUGGGCUAUAGUCGAGUGAAUUUGGAGAAUAAUUGGAAUUUAUUGUGGGCUCACGAUUAUCCUUUUAUAAAAAUGCCACAACGUAUGAAAAGUUUGCAGAAGCAUCAAGUGGUAAAUCAUUUCCCGGGUUGUGGUUUUAUAACGAAUAAAGUGGAUUUAUCCACGUCCGAACUGCCAUUUCUUCCACGAGCCUUUCGUUUGCCCUCACAAAAGGAAGACUUUUUGGCGUACUCGCGGGCAAAUCCAUCGGCACUUUUUGUUGAAAAACACAAUGAACAUCGUCACAUUGUUAUACGUCCGCCCGAAGAGAUCGAUUUAAAUUCAAAUAAUUCCUUUGUCCAGGAAUAUAUUCAAAAUCCCUUCUUGGUUGAUGGCCACAAAUUUGAUAUUGGUGUUUAUGUGGUUAUAACAUCGGUAAAUCCGCUACGAAUUUAUAUGUACAGUGGAGAUAUUUUGUUUCGAUAUUGUCCGGUGCAAUAUCAUCCCUUUGACGCGGCCAAUAUAGAUAAAUAUGUGGUUGGUGACGACUAUUUGCCAACAUGGCAGGUGCCAUCAUUGAAGAAAUAUUUUUCGCAAUUUGGUGGCAGCAUGCGGAGUGCAUUCGAUGCAUAUGUAAGAGAUCAACAGAUGGACCCAUCAACAAUAUGGCAACAAGUGGAAGAUAUAAUCAGACGUACAAUAUUGUCCAAGGAACGUGAUAUUGUGAAUAUCUUACGGUCAUACAAAACACAGAAUUUCUUUGAUUUAAUGCGUUUCGAUUUGAUUGUGGAUCAAAAUUUGAAAGUAUUUUUAAUGGAAGCUAAUAUGUCACCAAAUCUUUCGUCAGCUCACUUUAAGCCCAAUUCGAUUUUGUAUGAGCAGAUACUUUAUAAUGUUCUAAAUUUAGUUGGUAUUGGAUCGCCAAUUAAACAGACCGAAGAUUGUAGAUCGAAUGCGCCAAAUGAAAUGAUAACAACAGAACAAAAUCUCUCCACAAAUCUCAACGAAUGUGCAGCUCGUGGCUGUGAUAGAUCGUGUAAUAAACCCGGCUGUGAUUUAUGCUUACCUUGCCUUAGAGGAAGUGAAUAUGAAAUGCUAUACAGGGCACACAGAGAACAUCUUCACCGGGGUAGUAUGAAACGUCUAUUCCCACCGCCAUUUUUGAGACCUGAUACCAUUGUGAUUGAAAAUGAAGUACAAAAUAUGACCAAACUUAAUAGCUGGAUGACACGAUGGUUCUACCACAAGUGCCUAUACGAUAAUAGCUGGUGUCAUUAG